CGACAUUACACAACAUCGUACAGUCAUUCCUGUACACUUAUAUGGGUGAAUGCUUAACCGACAAAAGUCUGUGGCUGUAUGGUAAUAAUUUACCUCUACUUCCACGAAGACAUGGAUCCAGCUUUAAGUUAAGAUUAAUGGAACGCUACGAGCGUCUGGGAAAAUUGGGAGAAGGGAGCUAUGGUAUGGUAUUCAAGUGUCGAAACCGUGAAAAUGGACAAGUGGUGGCAAUAAAAAAAUUUGUCGAAUCCGAAGACGACCCGCUCAUCAGAAAGAUUGCUCUGCGGGAAAUUCGAAUGCUUAAGACGUUGAAGCAUCCGAAUUUGGUAAAUUUGCUUGAAGUAUUCCGACGGAAACGAAAACUGCACCUGGUGUUUGAGUUCUGCGAGCAUACGGUGCUCCACGAACUGGAAAGGCAUCCGUACGGUUGUUCUGAAGCGUUUACCAAGCAAAUAGUUUGGCAGACAUUGCAAGCCGUCGCCUAUUGCCACCGUCAUAACUGUAUACACAGAGACAUCAAACCGGAAAACAUAUUGCUUACAGCCCAAGGCGUGGUGAAAUUGUGCGAUUUCGGAUUCGCCAGAUUAAUGAGUCCAGGAGAAAAUUAUACUGAUUAUGUGGCCACCAGAUGGUAUAGAUCACCGGAACUCCUUGUUGGCGAUACACUAUAUGGCCCAUCGGUGGACGUUUGGGCGAUUGGUUGUGUAUCAGCAGAGCUCGUGAGGGGAGAAGCUCUCUGGCCAGGGAAAUCUGACGUUGACCAGCUUUAUUUGAUACGUUCUACACUAGGCGAUUUGAUAGCCAGGCACAUGCAUAUUUUCAAAAUGAACGAGUUCUUCCGAGGCAUAAGCCUUCCACAUCCGGAAGCGGUUGAACCGCUUGAAAAGAAAUUGCCUAAAGAAGCAUUGUCCAUUCCACACCUGCUUGAUUUCCUAAAGAUGUGCCUAGAAAAAGAUCCAUUGAGAAGAUGGACAUGUGAUCAACUGCUUCGGCAUCCGUUUUUUGACGGUUUCUCGUUUAAAUACCCUGAAAGUGACUUGUACGAAUUCGAAAAACUCAAAACGUUCAGAGAAAAAUCUAAGAACGCACACUACGUUAACAUAGCGUCAACGCUAUUUCCACAAAUCCCGAGCAACAAUCAAAGUCCUGACCUGACCAGGCCAUUGAAAUUGACACAGAAGCAUUUCGAUCAUUUGCCAGACAUCUGACCGAAAAAAUAGUAAUUUUGCCGCUCUAUAUAUGCGUGUAUAUUUCCAAAAAUCAUAUAAGCAGAUUAUAGGUAGAGAUGCAAAUUUUUAGAAAUUUUUUUGGGUAAAUUACCGGUGACCUAUUUAUUGACAUUUAUCUCAUAAGUCGUUAAAUUUA